AUGGCAAAAAGGCAGAAACAACCAACAACAGAAAUUGAAACAACUGCUGAGGAGGAAUGUAACAGUGAAAAGCAAUGGAACAGUACAGAUCUAGCUGAGGAGAAGGAAAAUCAUAAAUGCAAGGGCCAAAAGCCAACAAUUCCACGAAGAUUACAGUUCUCAGAGGCAGGAUCUUCGGCGCAACCUUUCCCAAACCUAGAACAAUAUGCAGCAAUAGCAAAUGGAGGAAACAAACUGAAGCAACAUGCAAAGGAGCUUAGACAGCAAAAUCGCAAUUCUCAGAUGGGCAUGAGACUGGACUAUGUACCACCAAUUCAUCGAGAUGGUAAGAUUGUUGUACAAAUUGUAGAGGAAGAUGUUCGAGAAUUGAAUGACCAUUGGGCGACUGCCUUAAUUGGUUAUGUUCUAGGUGAUACUCCAUAUGAGAAAUCUAUGGAGGCUUAUAUUGCUUCAGUUUGGGAUUUUGUACCGAAACCUCAAAUUUUGUAUCACAGUGAUGGCUACUAUGUUUUUAUAUUCUCAACAAUUGAAGAUAGGGAUCUAGUAAUGCAAGCAGGACCAUACUCGUAUCACAACAAACCAUUCAUACUACAAAACUGGGAAAGAGAAUUUCAUUUUGACCCUAAAUGCAUUACAACUAUUCCUUUGUGGUUACAUUUUCCAAGCUUACCUGUUGGAUAUUGGACUGCAGAUGCACUUAGCAAAGUGGCUAGUGCUAUUGGAACCCCUAUGUAUACUGGCAGAUACACAGCUGACCUUAACAAAAUAUCAUAUGCAAGGGUCUUAGUGAAGGUUGAUAUCACUAAGCCAAUACUGGAGAGUAUAGAGAUUGAUACUCCAUCAGGAACUAUUCAACAAGAAAUUCUGUAUGAAUGGAAGCCAAAGUUCUGCAGUGAAUGUAUCUACUUUGGCCAUGAUAGUUUUGAGUGUUGGAGAAAUAAGCAUCAGAACAAUGAAGAAGCUGAAUUUAAAGCUCCAAAAAGAAGGAAUAGAGUUAGAAAGAAGAAAAUAGUUCAGGAGUGGAAGCCAAAAGAACAACAAGAGCAAGAAGGGAAAGUAGAUGGGAAAGAAGAAGAGAAUCAACAAGUAGAGGCAGGAAAGGGUAAACAAAAAGCAGUAGCUGAAGAUGCUCCUAUACAAGUGACCAGUAGAAAUGAAGAUUGCAGAAUUCAGCAUAGCCACAGGGUUGCAUUCUGA